GGCGCUGAAAAGGGCAAACGCCGUCGAGCAGGCGGGCGCUGAAAGGGCUGCCUCAAACGCCUCGCGAACGCAGGAAAAAUGCUGCCCCAGCUCACCGAACAGCCCGCACGGGCGGCCACGGCCACGCGCGGCCUCAUAGGUACUGAUAGAGGACCGGCGCAGUGGGGCGCCGACCGGCGGAGGGGCUCGCGCGAGUUCACGAAGCCCACGACAUUGACGAGGGCCGACGCCGUCGAAGGGCGGGCAACCAAAGCGUUAAGGCCUCCUGUGGACCUCGCCGACGCGACGCAUCGCGCCGAAGUGUCGCUCGCCACGGCCUCCGCGAUCACGGAGAAAGCUCUCCUCGAUUAUCGAGAAGCGCGAUGCCGCGGCGCCGCGUGGCUGUGGGCGCGAGCUACUAAAAGGGCAGGUGGUUCUCGGACGAUCGUGUUGUUUAUCUUACAUCUGUGGAAGAAUCAUACAAUCAAAGCCACUGCGGAAAGGAAGCACAUCGAGCAGAUCAUUGCAAGGUAUACGUUGCGUAGAAGAAGAUUUCUAGUGAGGGAGUGGCGUAGAGUUGCUCGGAUCCAGCGAGCAGAAAGGCGUGCAGAGUUAGAGGAGGAGACGCGCCAGAAGGAAUUGUCCGAAGCGAGAGAGGCGCAGCAAGGAGCGGAAGAUAGGUGUACGGAGCUCGUCGCGAAGGUCGCAGACCUCGAAAAACAACUUAAGGCUUCCAAAGAACGAGAGCUCACCGACGAGGAGCGCCAAAAGAUCAAGACCAAAAACGCUACCUUCAGAGCUCGGGCCGAGAAGGCCGAGAACGGGUUGCUGGCGUUGGUGGGCGUCCAGGCUCUGGACAUGGACGCUUUGCUUGGGUCUGGGGAACGAGCCUUGUUCAAGGGUCGCUCUUAUCCUGCAGAUGGUGAGCCUGCCGGCGCGCCGCGCUACAUCGCGCCGACCUUCAUCUCUCCUAAUGAGAUAGAGGCCCUUGGUAGUGAACCGUCAAAGAACUUACCUGAAAAAAUACUAAUGCAGUGGGCGAACGCCGCCUCCAAACGAGCGGGCUUGGGUGGCGCGCCGAAGAGCGCCGUCGACUGCUUGCCGUCCUACGUGCCCUUCGAGGACUGGCGCGCGGCCUUCGUCGACGGGCGGCAGCUGGCUCGGAUUAUCUUCGCGGAGAUGGAGGCUUGCCUGGAGUGUCGCGCUUUAUGUGGUGUCGAGACCGAGGACACUUUGCCGCUAUCUAUCGCGGGCAUGGGGCCUCGUUUGCACCGCCACCGCUUGAAGGAUCGGGACUUGCUAUCGUAUGCUUCCGGUGUGAGAAGUAGAUUAGCCCGACCGAAGGACCUCGCUUCCUGGGUGACGAACCAGGCCCACGACAAGCUCGGAUUACCGCCUGAUCUACUAGAUGCGGAAGACAUCAAGACGAGAAACGUGGACUGGCACUAUCCCUUACUGACUUAUCUGAUGUGCAAGGGCUGCUCGCGCGUAUCUGACGGUCCAGAUCUGACCUAUGAGACGUGUGCGAAAGAAUUUACGGAAGUGCAGUCAAAGUGGAACUCACUGCGAGAACGCUUCGCCAUCCCCGACGACGGCCCGCCCUCGGAAGAUGCGUUGACAGAGCUCCUCCCGAAGACGACGCGACGGUCGGACCACGGCGGCAUUGGGGACCUUUGUGAGCUAGCCAUGGACGCAAGUACUCUAGCAAAGUCCAUCGCGGCAUUAGAAGCGGAGCAGUGGCGCUCUUCCGUGCUGUGGGACCGCGCAAUUGCGUGGAACAAAAGUGCUUCGCCGAGCUCUCGAGACGGGCGCGAGGAGUGACGGACUGGAAAGGAGAAAUAGAUAAGAAGUAAGAACUUAGUUCAGGU